CGCGCAUGCGUUGUACAUUGAGUUUGGCGCGCGGGACUACACAAGGAAGAAGUCAACUGAAUCGCGGUUGUUGUGAUCACUCUACAGAGUCAGUAACGUUUCACAUUUGAGUUUAUUAACUUAACAACAAGGUACCAACAUGUGGAAUCAGGGCGGCUACAGUGAGUCUAUGGUCGGAGGUUACACUCAAUCUCCAGGCGGCUUUGCAUCACCUGCCUUAUCCCAGGGAGGAGAGAAGAAAGGGAGAACACGCGCCACGCAGAUAAUCCCCUGCACAGUAUCGCAGCUGAUGUCUGCCUCCCAGGCUGAUGAGGCCUUCAAAGUCGGAGAUGUGGAAGUUGCGCAGGUUACAAUUGUGGGGGUCAUCAGGAGCACAGACAAAUCCAUGACCAACAUCCAGUACAAGGUCGAUGAUAUGACAGGUGCUCCCAUGGAUGUCAAGCAGUGGGUAGACACAGAGGACCCCAGUGUGGACAGCACUGUCCUUCCUCCAGGCACAUACGUCAAAGUCUCGGGCAAUCUGCGCUCUUUUCAGAACCACAGGUCUGUCGUGGCGUUCAGUGUCAGGCCCCUGGAGGACAUGAAUGAAAUCACCUCACAUAUGCUGGAGGUUGUUCAAGCACACAUGGUGCUCAGCAAACCUCAGAACAUGUCUGGUGCUGGAGUAGGAAUGAGCACCAACGUAAACCCCAUGUCACGGCCCGGCAUGGACAGCAUGGGAGGGAGCUAUGCAGGAGCAAAUGACAUGGCUAACAAUGGGUUAAGUGCAAACCAGAAUCAGGUGCUGAGUUUGAUAAGAGGCUGCCCAUUCCAGCAGGGUAUCAGCAUUCAGGACCUAAAGCAGAGACUCAGUGGCAUAAGUCUGGCUGUCAUCAAGCAAGCAGUGGAGUUCCUAAGCAAUGAAGGUCACAUCUUUUCCACCAUUGACGAAGACCACUACAAAUCGACAGACAAUGAUGAUUAGAUACCUUCACCUUCUUUGCACCAAUGGGGUUACUUGUGUGAAUUUAGAUAUGCUAAAAGUCAUAAGUAUUGGUUUUAGAAUUGAAACCUAUAAAUCACAACCUCUCUGAUCUCGAUAAUGCCAGUGAACCGAGUGAAAACCUGAGUCUUCUCCAUCAGCCCCAAAAGAAAUGAGCAUGGCACACAAAACAAACUUCUGCGUUGUCUCAUUAUGUCUUUGGCAGUGAGUCUUGCAAAAUGGAUGAGAAAAAAAGUGCAAAACAUAUAUUUCUUUGGGAAAAUGCUGUCAAUCCACAGUAUGUAAUUGAAAAAUAGUCCACAAAUGAUUCCUUUCAAUGACAUAAAUUAAAGAAACUUUGAUACAA